GGGCGCACUGAGCGCGCCACGCGGCGCCUGGCUAGGAGGAGGGCGGCGGGCGGGGACCUAGAGCUCCGGGGCGGUGCUGAGCCCGCUCCUCCUCCUUGCCCUCCUCCUCCUCCUCCUCGCCCUCCUCCUCCUCCUCCUCGCCUUCCUCUGGCUCAGCCGCCGCGCCGCCGGGCUGCUCCUGCUUCCUCCUCGGGCGCCCUCGGCGAUGUUCAACCGCGCCGUAAGCCGGCUGAGCAGGAAGCGGCCGCCGUCAGACAUCCAUGACAGUGAUGGCAGUUCCAGCAGCAGCCACCAGAGCCUCAAGAGCACAGCCAAAUGGGCGGCAUCCCUGGAGAAUCUGCUGGAAGACCCAGAAGGCGUGAAAAGAUUUAGGGAAUUUUUAAAAAAGGAAUUCAGUGAAGAAAAUGUUUUGUUUUGGCUAGCAUGUGAAGAUUUUAAGAAAAUGCAAGAUAAGACGCAGAUGCAGGAAAAGGCAAAGGAGAUCUACAUGACCUUUCUGUCCAGCAAGGCCUCAUCACAGGUCAACGUGGAGGGGCAGUCUCGGCUCAACGAGAAGAUCCUGGAAGAACCGCACCCUCUGAUGUUCCAGAAACUCCAGGACCAGAUCUUUAAUCUCAUGAAGUACGACAGCUACAGCCGCUUCUUAAAGUCUGACUUGUUUUUAAAACACAAGCGAACUGAGGAAGAGGAAGAAGAUUCGCCUGAUGCUCAAACUGCAGCUAAAAGAGCUUCCAGAAUUUAUAACACAUGAGACCCCAAAAAGCCAGGACUGGCAGCUUUAAGAAGCAAUGGAAUUUCCUCUCAGGACCGUGCCGGGUUUAUCAUUGCUUUGUUAUUUGUAAGGACUGAAAUGUACAAAACCCUUCAAUGGGAUGUGUGUUUUAUUAACUGCUUCACCAGUAAAUUUUGCAUGAUGGCUAAGCUAACAUAAAAAAAGAAUAAUAAUAACUUGGAAGUUUUAGUUCACAAAACAGAGAUUCCUUCAACACUGGACACGUCGAGCAUUUUGUAGCUUAAUUAAACCUCAUGUAAGGCCACAA